AGCAAAGGAAUACUGCACCGUGAUCUGAAACUUAGUAACAUUUUGGUGAUGACUGAUGGUAUUGUUAAGAUUGCUGACUUUGGAAUGGCAAGGUUUCAAAGGUGAGCUGACAAUUUUAAUAAUAUACAAAAGCAUAAUUUACCACACAUUUUAAUUACAGUGAAAGCAGAAUAAACUAUAGGAGUAAUAUGGAGAGGACUGCAUUUCAGGUUGAAUUGACUUGAAAUAUAACGAAGAGGAUGUGACACUUACAAACACUUUAAGUAAAUAGUCUUCAACCGCAGAAAAAGAAGAACAUAAAGAUAAACUUAUAGAUGAGUGGAAUAAAUAUUUAAUUGUGUUGAGGAAGUGUCAGAAAGAAUCACAAUCUGGUUUAAGAUUAAAAGGAAAUGUAGUAAUGAUAUUUGAAAAAAAAAAAUAUUUCAAAUAAAGUGGAAUUCAAAGGUUACUAAAAUGUGGUGAGGGUUGCAAGGUUUAACGUUAGUAAAGAUGGGGGGGAUGUGACAUAGGUUAUAUAUCAGUUCUAACACAUAUUUUUUUUGUUAUUUUGAAACUCGGCCUUUAAUUUAAGACCAGAAUGAUGACUUUUGAUUCAUUAAUGAUUUAAGUUAAAAAUUAUUUUUAAAAAAUUCUCAACAACCAGUUCUGCUCAGUGUUACUCUCCUGAUGUUGCUACAUUGCACUAUCGCUCGCCUGAACUUCUUCUGGGUGCUACCAAGUAUGGUCCAGCUGUUGAUGUCUGGUCUUUUGGUUGCAUCACUGUUGAGUUAUUUGUGAGGGCAAAGUUUAUCACUGGUACCACGGAACAAGCUCAGGUAGAUAAAUGUCUCUAGACCUAUAAGGGGUAAUAAGGGGAGAGACUGCAAUCAGGUUAGUACAAAAUAAAAUGAGUAAAACAGAGUAGGGUUAAACCGGAAAAAAUAAACGCAACAAAACAGCGAACGUGUCGGCAGAAAGCCUUCGUCAGCGAACAAAACAACAGAAAAAAACGGUAUAAAAAUAAGAAUAAGAAAUAGCACUUAGCUGGUAAGUAGUAUCUGUGGGCAGCAAUAGAAGUCAAACUAAGUCACUUCUAUUGCUGCCCACAGAUACUACUUACCAGCUAAGUGCUAUUUCUUAUUUUUAUUUUUAUACCGUUUUUUCUGUUGUUUUGUUCGCUGACGAAGGCUUUCUGCCGACACGUUAGCUGUUUGUUGCGUUUAUUUUUUCAGGUUUAACCCUACUCUGUUUUACUCAUUUUAUUUUCUAGACCUAUAACAAGCUCAGGUAGAUAAAUAAAUGUCUUCAGACCUAUUGAUAGAACUAGCUCAGUAGAUAAAUGUCUCUAGACCUAUUGAUAGAACAAGCUCAGGUAGCGACAUUAAUAUCUGCUGAAGCGUUACUGAGCAGGACGCUCUAGAACGGCAGCUCACGAAGAACAGCGUCCAGGACCCCGGGCCGACGUAUUCGUAACCGUUAAAGUCAAAAGCAGGAUCAAGGACCACACCCCCCCNNNNCCCCCCCAUUGAUAAGCAAUGGACACGGAUAAGCCUGGCUUACGGAACCACCCCCACCCCCCCACGCAACCGGGGGGCCGUGUGUUCAAAAUUUGCCCGGUUGAGCUGUUUACUCUAAUAAUUUUAGCAUACAAAGUACAAGUUUGAGAAGUCUUUCACGAUUGUAUGCUAAGACCCGUUAAGACUACAAUCUUAAGAGACCGGGUUGAAAACAUGCAUUCCUGUAGUUUUUUCCAUUAAAAAAAAGUUUUUAGUUUUAACUUGCAUUUGAUUUCAUAAUGAACUUGAUAGACAUGGCUACAGUAAUAUAAUUGUAUUCACCCUAGUGGCAAAUUUACUAAAUUUGUUUAGUCGAUCCAGGGCUGUUCUUACGUAUUGAAAAAGAGGGUGAGGGUAUUAGAUUUUGUCAGGAAGUACAAAAGUUUAAAAAAAAUUCAACAAUAUUCAUCCAAAUGUAAAUGUAACGUAUUUAUAUCUCGAAAGCUGUAAAAAUAUCAUGCAAUGUUUAGAAGGAAUCAUCAUAGUAUUUGCAUGUAUUUUUACAAAUGAACUUGCUAGAUAUACUCAGAAGGUAAUAAGUAGUAGAGAUGUUACAGUAAUAUGUAGUCCACCAUAUGUCCAUUGUGCAUGUGAUGUGUAUUUUAUUGGACUACGCCUAUGGUUCUAAAAUUUGCGCUUCAUGGCACCCAUGCCAAAUUUAGGGUUUCCAUCAGGCUCCCUGUGUUAAAUUCUUACAAAUACACUUCUAAACAGUGGAUGCGUAAGCAAAAUAGUAUUUAUUGAUAGUGCAAGCUCAGGUACUUCAUGGUCUCUAAAUUUAUUGAUAAAAAAAUAUGAUUAGUUUAGUUUAUCAGUUGGCAUCAUCAACGUUUAUUAUUUCAAACAGUGAAAGAAUAAAAAAAAUUGAUGGCACUUGGGCAAAUGACAUUGCUUAGUUUUGACAUUUUUAUAAAUAUAUCCUUUUAUAAAAUGGUAUGAAGAUUUAUAUAUACACAUCAAAAAGUUUAUAAGAAAGAAGCUAUAAUAUUUAUCCAGUACCGGUAGAAUUAACACAUUUUCUGAUGUGCCAUGUCUUUAAUUUUUCCAAAUUACAGAUAUUUAUAAGGCAUUUGCAAAAUUUGUUGAGAAUGUAACUAAUGUAAUAUAUUCUCUAACUUGACUAAAUUCUUUGAAACUCAAAUAUUUUGUCACUAAAUGAUCUGAAUAUUUGUUAUCUGUUGUAUUCCUCAGCUCCUAUGUAUUAUUGGUAUGCUGGGAACCAUAGACAGGGAUACGAUGCCAGCUGACCUGGACCUGCCUUACCUGGACAAUAUGGCACUGCCCACCAAUCCUCACCCCAAUAUCAAACACGUCUUGAAGAAAUAUGUCAAGAAUCAAGACGCCAUCAACUUGCUGCUCUGCCUGCUGCAGUUAAAUCCUGACCACAGGCUUGACUGUGCAACAGCUCUCUCUCAUUCAUUCUUCACCGCCAGUCCAAAACCAGAGAAUGUAAAACUGGACUCUGUCAACAACAAGCCUGUCACUGUCACCCAAAAGUGUUUCGGCCAUGUGGGCCCACUUCAGGUUGCAGGCUACAACAUCAUACCGCCAGGAGUUAACAUAAUACCUGCCUCACAUUUCAUCCACCAGGCGUGCGUGCAGGGGCUGCUCCCACAGACACACCUGAAGGCCCUUUUCCCCCAGGCACAGCUCCACGCCAUGUUUCCCCAGACCCAACUACAGACUCUGCUGCCGCAGUUCUUGAAUCCCCACUAGUGAGCUAACAGUUUUUGUACCAGGUACCAUGGGUCUUUCAUUCAAUGAUGUGUACACUCGAAUUAUGAUCUCAGCAAUAUAUUGAUAUUACCCUAUUAUAUGGUGUACAUAAUUUCGUCAUCAACGAUUCAGCAUUGAUGUAUUCUUUGCUGAGCCUUAAGUAAUGUUUCCAUCUCUAAGUAGAAUAGUCGCCUGUUCUUAAUCUCGACUGACCGGUUUAAGACACACUGAUUAGUUAAAAUAUAAGAUUUGGUUAUACUCUAAGCAGUCACAACAGAC